AUGGAUGAGGCGGCGAGCUCUCGCCAUGCGCUUUCCCACUCGGGAGGAAUCUACUUGUGUUCCCCAUUCGCAGCGGGGCACCUGGGUGCCACCAACGAGCAUUCGCCGAGACAAUACAAGAACGUGUGGACGGUGCCCCAGAACACUGGGGUCAUCGUCCGGACACAAACGUCAACCAUCCAAAUGCACCUGUCCGUCCUCGACCUCUGUCUCAACUGCCCCAAGUCCAUCUACAACUCCCUGAGCAAUAAGAACCCCAUUUUCUUCCUAGACUGCAUCGCUCAGCUUUUUCCUGUGCAUCUUGUUUAUGGGUCCAACGUUGUCCCACAGUUCUUCUCUGACGUCUCCACUCUGCUGAAGAUCUCCUGCUCCCAGGACCAAGUUGCCACGCAUGUGAACAUGUCCACUGCGGUAGCGUUAGCUGUCGUCUGCUUCAUGGUCAUCAUCGACUCGUACCUCCGCAUUUUCUGGGCCUUACUGAAGAUUACGGCCACUGAGUGCCAGGCCAAAGCCUUCUUCACCUGCCUGCUUCAACUCACCGUCUUCGUUGCUUUUUUCUAUACCUGGACUUUCGCCUAUCUCAAACCUCCCUCGGACUGCCCCUCAACGCUGGACCUACUGACAUCCGUGCUCUACACUGUGGUGCCCCCCGCCCACAACCCCCUUAUCUACAGUCUGAAGAAUAAAGAUAUGAAAACUGCCCUCGGGAGGUCCUAA